AUGACGCGGAUCGGUAUUGUUGGAUUUGGCAAAUUGGGACAAGAAACAGGGGGCCGAGCAAUUUAUGAUUAUGCGGAGAAGAGUGCUCAUUUAGAGGUCGCCUGGGUCUGGAAUCGAUCAAUGGACAAGUUACUCGAUCUCCCCGAAGAAAAGAUCCUCGAGGACUUAGACGACAUUCCUGAUAUGCCUUUGCAGGCCGAGUUGAUUGUUGAAGUUGCGCAUCCGGCGAUUUGGGCGAAUCAUGCGGAGACUCUUCUCAGCCAGGCGGAUGUGUUAAUCGGAUCACCUUCUGGCUUGUCAGUGCAGGAAGUCGAAGACAACGUUAGAACCCUCUGCCAAAAGCAUCGGCGGAGCGCGUUUGUAGCGCGCGGAGCUCUCUGGGGCUCGGAAGACAUCUUCAGAAUGCGCGACAGCAUUGCUCAGAUGCACAUAACAAUGAGCAAGCACCCGAGCCAUCUAAAGCUGCAUUCCGACUUGGCGAGCAAGAUGCCUAAAGAUCAUUCCGGGAUCCGAAGAAGGACGAACACCUGUGUUAGAAUUCACGCAAGCGUAAACGAAACGGUGAAACACUUUAAAUAG